AGCAAUGUUCAUCCUGUUUGUCAUUCUGCCAUCAUUAGCCCGCGUCUUGUGAUAUUUUGUUCUAAUUCAAUUGGAUUUGAUGCUAAACGAUUAAUAAAUUCAGAAAUGAAUCUAUUUGCAUCCACUAGAUUCCGUUCAUUAUCAUCUGCUUCAAUAACCUCAUCGCCAAUAUCAUUACCAGAAAUAUUAAAAUGUUUUAAAUUUGGGGAAGAUCUAAUAAUAGCUACAAUAAGAGAAUCAUUUCGAAAAGCCAUAACAUGGGCGAAAUCAAGGUACUCUAAUUUGAGGUGGGUUUGUACUAAUGUAGUUGCAUCUUUGAUUUUUCCACGACUAGCCAGUAUACCUAAGCAUCGUAAAUUAGA